AAUAAGCCGGCUGCUCUGUAAACUGUGUUCUUGCCACCAUAACAUCAAUGCCAUAACUGUGCUAAACGCUUGAUAUGCUGUUCUUUUCCGUUGUCUUUCUUGUGACACUUUGUUGACAGUGAUACUGGCACCGUUGGUACCAUUUCCUAUAUGUACUGCACAAGCGGGUUCUAUUGGAAUACGCAGUAGCUGUCUACUUUUCUUCGGAUUUUCUAGUACUACAAGUCGUGAGAGUAGAGAUGACUGGGAGCUCGCUUUGCGGCGACAUUCAAGAUGUAAACGAUCGGCUCGGCUAGUUCGGCGCUUGUGACAUCCGAGAAACUUUCUGCAGUUCAACAUGCCGACGGUCAUCCUGCUAGAUGUGUCGCUGUCCAUGUGUCGACCUGUGACGACACCCGACAGCUCGGAAUCGCUCCAGCUGCGCCAACUGGCCGUGCAUGGCAUCAAUGCUUUCCUCGAUCAUAUGGCACAGCAUUGUAAACUGGAAUUUUGUGCAUUGGUGGUGUUCUCAUCACUUUGGGAACUGGUGGUGCCAUUCACACGCGACACCGAGAGCAUCAAGGCAGCCUUGGUGCAGAUGGAGUGCCACGAUCGCACAGACCUCAACCUUGGUUUGCAGGGAGCCCGACAAGUGCUCCUCGAUGAAUGGGGGUCUGCAAUGCCAGCACAGGUAAUUCUUGUCACCGAUGGUGCCCUUAGUGGCUGGCGGGGAUCAGAGGAUGGCGGUCCAGGACGGCUACACGCUGUCUGCCUGCACCCUGCAACUGGCGCGCCACCCCCAGCUCUUGGUCCUCUGGGGCGCCUAGCUCAGCGAAUGGGUGGCCGUCUGUUCCUGCCUGAAGGAGGCCUGUCAAUCCGUAGUGUGCAGCAAGCUUUUCUGAAUUUGGCGCAGGCACAGUACGCACCUUUUCACGGCGUGCUGCGUUGUGGCCAGCUCUGGUCCAGUGUAAGCCUCUGUCCACCGCCAGAACCCCAAAAGAGACCACAGGACUUUGGCUGGGCCCAGCCAUCAACGACCAUCCAGGUUUGCGGCUUCCUUGGGCUGCAACAAGUGGCUAAUCCACCAACUCUGUCCCGUCACUUGGUGCUCCCUGCACCAGGUCCUGAAGAGGCAAGACCCACUGAACCCAAGGAAGGAGGACGUACAGGCGAAGAAGAAGAAGACGGCGACGAAGGCAAACAACCAUCUUUCUGUGUCUUGUUGCACGGGAGCCUCAAGGUUGAAGGCAUGGUGGCCCUAUGCCAGAUAGGACAGGACUGGUACGGCAUGCUCUACUCCUGGGCCGACAGCAAGAAAAAGUCAAAUCUUAUGCUGUCCACCUUUGAGCCAGGGCUCGACGCAGUGCCGUGGCUUGGCAAGUUGGACCAUUUGGGACCGCAGGCACUGGCUCCUCUGGGGAGUGAAGCACUUCCUGUUAAGUCAAACGACAAGCACAGCUACUCGCAUAACUCGGUCGUGUGGAUCCGCCAGUCUGACCUGCAGGCAGACAUCCAGAAGAUUCUGCGGCAUGCAAGGAAGCUGCCAGAAAAGACGGCAAACUUCUAUAAGGAAUUGAACCGACUGCGGCGCGCUGCACUCUCGCUUGGAUUUCAUGAGCUUUUGGAAGGCAUGGCCACAAUUCUAGAGCGAGAGUGCACACUGCUGCCAGGCUCGGCUCAUCCGGAUGCUGCCCUGCAGCUGAGCCAUGCGUCGUCAUUCUUGAGGGGCCCCAGCUGCAAGGACUACACAGCGGCGUUGACACCACUGCGAACCAAGUUCUCUUCUCAAGACUGAUCAUCGAAAAGUACUGUAGAGAGACAUUCGUACGGGUGAAGCCAGCUGUUGUACCCAUGUCACACAUGUACUUUCGAUGACAGUUGAAACCGGUGACCUCCUGUUAGUUCUUUCAAGAAAGAUUUUCCUCAACAGAGGCACUAGUUGUUUGUUUCA